UGGUCAAGGCGGCUAAACAGGCAUAAUCGAACCUCGGUAUACUGUUGUCACACUCACACUUGAGGUGCUGGUGCAAGUUUUGGGCGUUCGGUAGCUAUCUGUGCUUCAAACCGAAGCUACCUCGCAAGAGGGCCUCAGCAGGGCUUCAACACGCGGAGCAUCUCGGUGCAGUCGGUGCAGCAGCGGCACCAGGCCCAGGUUUGCCUUACGAGGAGAAUCUUGCGGUCUCAGCGGGUGCGUCGUAUAGGUCAGGGUCUGUACUUGCUCAGGCUGAAACAGCAUCGAGGAUUACCAAUUGUAGACGCCAAUACCGGCGAUUCGGCCAGCAGCUAUAUACCGCCAUUUUCAACGGUUUUUUCGGUUUUUCCAGGAUGGUCCGGCAGCGCCGCGCCUCGUGUGGCAAAGUGGUGCACGGCAAAGAACCGGCAGCGGCAGGGGAGCUUCGGCGAUGCUUCGCAUGUGACCGCCCCGGUAGCCGCGACGGGUGCUCGACCAAUUGGCAGCACGUGGUGGACUCCGAAUACUGGGCGGAGCUGGGCGAGUGGUCUGCAACGGUAGGGGAAGGGUGGACUCAUGAGCGCGACCUUGUAGGAGACCCUCUCAAGGCGGGAGAGUGCAUCUGUCGCCGCGCCGACUGUGUGGUUAAUUUGUACCAAAGGUACAAGGGGAGGCGCCAGAGGGAAGAGAAAGGAGCUUUGCACACCAUGGUGAUUGGGCAGCGGUCGCCGAUGGGCAGGUGACUCAUGCGUCCUGUCAUAUGCAUCGAUCUGGGCGAACUCUAGAACGUUGAAAUUGUAGGAAGACGCGACAACGUUGACCCCCGUGAAAACUUUCACCCCGUUCUAUUUUUUCUGGUCAAGUUAUCCUUUCUACGUUCCCACGUGACUACGUAGAUAUGUAUGUGAGUUUCUGGGAUCGCGACCGUCACCAUGUGCUGUUGAUGGUGUAGUAUUCUACCGAGUGGUGGACGUCCCAUCUCUCAACCUUGCAUCGGUAGCCCUCGCCUUACUCCUUAUUUCUCGAGUGGCAUUGUUCCCUUUUCCUUUGUUUUGGUUCUCACAUAAGAAAAUGGUAAGUAAGAGGAUGCUGUGGUCGUGCAUCGUUGUCUGUCCUGCCCGUGUUGGUCGAAGAGUCUCGUGGCAGGAGAGAGGGAGUCGACCCCACCCCCACAAGUCAACGGCAAAAGAUAUGUAGAGCGCCCGCGAGGAGGGUGGAAACAAACAUAUUUAUGCUGCCAGCAUGCCAGCAUACUCCCUCUGCCAGGUAACACCUAACAAAAUGAAGAAAUAUUAAGUACGA